CGUCAUCGAGCUGCACCUGCCUGUCCCCGCUGUGACGUGUGCAUUGUGCGACAGCUGUUCCCGGUCAAUUGGCGCUCAGCAGCUUCACCUGAUCAGCUGCAGGGCGGAUCCGUCUGGAUCAGAUCGGAUAGGAGGCAGCGAUGCAGUCUGGAGCGGAUCCUGCGGGAUCUGGACUGAAGUCGGUCAGAAGAUCUCCUCGUCUGUCGGGAACCCCCGACACCUCGCCUCAGGCCUCCAGCAACAGUAAAGGAAACAAGGGAAGGAAAGGAGGAGGAAACAGUCUGCAGGAGACCAAGAGGAAAGGAAGGAUGGAAAGAAACAAAGAGGACGAGCUGAGCGAGAGACUACAGCAGCUGGACCUGUGUAAGCCUGCUGUCAGUGGGACUGGUCUGGUUUACACUGAGACCUUCACUCACCACAGAAACCUGUUUGACCCCAGUCAUGAGGAGAGUCCUGACAGAGUGACGCACAUCAUGCAGGAGCUGGACAGGCAGGAGCUGCUGCCCCGCUGCGUCCGCGUGCAGCCGCGGGAGGCCACAGAGGAGGAGCUGCUGCUGGUCCACAGGCAGCAGUAUGUGGAUCUGAUGCGCUCGACUCAGACGAUGACAGAAACUGAACUUCAGCGUCUGUCAGAACGCUACGACUCCAUCUACCUGCACCCGGAGUCGUUCCAGGUGGCCUCGUUGGCCGUGGGCUCGGUCCUGCAGCUGGUUGAUAAGGUCGUGACCUCUGAGCUCAGGAAUGGAUUCGCUGUUGUCAGGCCUCCUGGUCAUCACGCUCAGUCUGACCAGGCAAACGGUUUCUGUUUGUUCAACAACGUGGCCGUGGCUGCUCGCUACGCCCAGAGGAGACACGGCCUGCACAGGGUGCUGAUAGUGGACUGGGACGUUCAUCACGGUCAGGGAGUCCAGUACCUGUUCCAGGACGAUCCCAGUGUCCUGUACCUGUCUGUCCACAGGUAUGAGUCAGGUAGGUUCUGGCCUCACCUGUCAGAUUCAGACAGACAGGCUGUGGGCAGCGGCCGAGGAGAAGGCUUCACCUGCAACCUGCCCUGGGACCAGGCCGGGAUGACGGACGCAGAUUACAUAGCAGCUUUCCAGCAACUGCUGCUGCCUCUGGCCUACGAGUUCCAGCCUCAGCUGGUCCUGGUCUCUGCUGGUUUUGAUGCUGCGGUUGGAGACCCAAAGGGGGAGAUGUGUGUCACUCCUCAGUGUUUCUCUGUUCUCACUCACAUGUUGAUGAGUCUCGCUGAAGGACGACUGAUCCUGGCUUUGGAGGGAGGUUAUAACCUGCGGUCGACAGCAGAGGGCGCUGCGGCCUGCGUCAGGUCUCUGCUGGGUGAAGCCUGCCCCCACCUGCGCCCCCCCACCGCCCCCUCCGACAGCGCUCUGAGGUCGAUCUCUCAGACGAUCUCAGCUCUGUAUCCAUACUGGGCCUGCCUGCAAGUACUGGAAGGCGGCCCAUUGGCUGACGGGGAGAUCAGGAGAGUAACAGCCAAUGAAGUGAGGCCAUCUGGCGCCAUGGUAACGGGUCUGGUGUAUGACGAGAGGAUGAUGGAGCACCUGAACAUGUGGGACAGUCAUCACCCUGAACAGCCUCAGAGAAUCUCCAGGAUUUUUGCGAAGCAUCAGGAGCUGGGAUUGGUCGACCGUUGCCAGCGGAUACCGGCCCGCCCGGCUACUGAGGAGGAGCUGGCCAUGUGCCACAGUGUGGAGCACAUAGCUCAGAUGAAGGCCACAGAGGUGAUGAAGCCCAGAGACCUGCACCGUCUGUCUGAGGAGUUUAACUCGGUGUUCCUGAGCGCUCAGAGCUUCCAGAGCGCCGCGCUCGCCGCAGGAAGCUGCUGCAGCGCCGCCCGCCGCGUGCUGAGCGGACAGGUGAACAACGCCGUGGCGAUGGUGCGGCCGCCGGGUCACCACGCCGAGCGAGACUCCGCCUGCGGCUUCUGCCUCUUCAACACGGCGGCGCUCGCUGCCCGCUACGCCCAGAGCAUCUCCCACAAUGCACCGCUCCGCGUGCUCAUCCUGGACUGGGACGUUCACCACGGCAACGGGACACAGCACAUGUUCGAGGACGACGACAGUGUCCUCUACAUCUCCCUCCAUCGCUACGACAACGGGACCUUCUUCCCGUCCUCGGAGGAGGCGGGCUCUGACCGGGUGGGCGUGGGCAGGGGGGCGGGGUUUAACGUCAACGUGGCGUGGAAUGGCGGCCGGAUGGGCGACUCUGAUUACAUCGCCGCUUUCCACCGCGUCGUCAUGCCAAUCGCUACGGAGUUCGACCCCGGUCUGGUCGUCAUCUCGGCGGGCUUCGACGCGGCGCGAGGCGACCCGCUGGGCGGAUACCAUGUGACCCCGGAGGGAUACGCCCACCUCACACACAUGCUGAUGUCACUGGCUGGAGGACGCGUGCUGCUGAUUCUGGAGGGAGGUUACAACCUCACGUCCAUCUCUGAGUCCAUGGCGAUGUGCACCAGCGUGUUGCUAGGCGACGCCCCGCCCUCCUUGGCGACACCCCUCCCCCCUCCUCACCACUGCGCCGUGGCGACCAUUAACGACGUCAUACGACACCACGCCCCCUACUGGAAGUCCCUGAGGAUACACAUCCCAGAGUCCCUGCGGGAGUCCCUGCCCUCCCCAAAGCAUCGUGGGAAACGGAGUUCCAAAGGAAAAGGCAGGAAGUCAGACCAGCUCAGCUCAGACAAACCACCGCUGCCCCCCGCAGGCCAGGAGGACAACAGCAAGGACGGCGGGGUGGAGCAGCUCGCUCAGGGAUUGGCCAGCCUGGACAUCACUCAAACUACCUCAGCCAAUCCCACUCCUUCGUCCACUCCGGUGGGCGGGGCUAGGCAGAAGGUCCGUCCCAGCCCUCCGAAGAGCUCCAGUGAGGUUGAGGUGAAGGCGGAGUCUGAUGGAGUGACAGCUGAGAAGAGCCAAUCAGCAGCCAGCCCGCUGCAGCCCCAGGCUGUUGCCGGGGCGACCUCAGAGUCAGUUGCCGUUGGAAACCAGGCUGUUGCCGAGGCGACCGCAGAGUCAGUUGCCAUCGGAGGUGGUGAGGUCGCCAGGGGGGCGGAGCCAGAGGUGGAGGGAGCGUGUGGUUGGUCGAAGCCCCAGGCCGCUCUGGAGCUGCUCUGUGUAGCCGAGAGCGCCAUGUACGUGGUGGACCCUCUGCCUUGGUGUCCUCAUCUGGACGCAGUUAAGCCCCUCCCACCUGCAGGUAUCGACGUCUUCCUGCCCUGCCAGGACUGUGGCUCUGACGCCGAGAACUGGACCUGUCUCACCUGCUACCAGGUGUAUUGUGGUCGUUAUAUAAACGAGCACAUGGUGACCCACGGCGUGGUGGCAGAACAUCCCAUCGUGCUGAGCUUCGCUGAUCUGUCAGUGUGGUGCUACCUGUGUGAGGCCUACAUACACAACAAGGUUCUGCUGGAGGCUAAAAACGCAGCGCACUGCGCCAAGUUUGGAGAGGAACUGCAGCCCUGGAGCUGAGAGGAGCUGCAGCACCACCUGUCUGUCUGUCUGUCCACCUGUCUGUCUGCCUGUCUGUCCACCUGUCUGUCUGCUUGUCUGUCUGUCUGUCUGUCCACCUGUCUGUCUGUCUGUCUGCCUGU